UAUAUGCAUUCAUUGGUGUCAUUUUUGUCCAUCAGGUAGAGGAUGACAGCGCUCUCACAGCGGUGUACGUAAACCUCCCCCGGGUGCGACGGAGUACCCCUGACCCCUCCAGUACCAUCGCUUCUCCAUUACAGGAGUUCCCGGAUGCUCCCGAUACCCUUCUGUUAGACUCUGCAGGAUGGGAGAUCCAUACUGACGACCAGAGCGGGCAAGAGUACUACUACCACCCCUCUACGGGCCGCAGCACCUGGGAGUAUCCACUCAGCUACUCCAUGGAGUCAUCAGUGGGGACAGAGGAGGCCCGUUCUCCUCCCUCAUUCCCCCAGUCUCCCAUCAGCUCGCCCCUAGUCCCUUCUUCUCAGAGGUGGAGCUCGGACUGGGAGAAGGUGCUGGAUCAGAAUACUGGCAGGCAUUACUUCUUCAACCCUGUGUCGGGUCAGAGUUCAUGGGAUCCCCCAGAGGACAUCACCUCACCAGGGCAGUUUCUGGAAGAUUGCCCGUGGAUCAAGUCGCUAGACGAUCGAGGACGGACGUACUACUACCUUCGAGACGGCAGCAAGUCCCAGUGGAACUUACCUGAGUACUCUGGAAGUCCAGGACAGUAUGGAGUGGGAAAUGGGGCCUCAAUAGAGCAGGAUACAAUGGUAUCCAAGCAGAACUGGAGGCACAGUGCAGGAUACCAGGAAGAUAAAAGUCACUCAUCAUAUCCUCAGCAUACACCAGACAGCGACGCCUCCAGCUCUCCUGAGAUGCCACAUAAUGUAAGACUCCACAUCAAACAUUUAUGCCUCUCUAAAUUUAAAUUUUACGAAAAUGCUGAAAGCACUGUAGACGAUACAGAAAAUGUGUGUACAAAUGCCUCUUUUUGUUCAUUAGCAUCUCGUCAUCCUUCAUCCACUUCAACAUCUGAAGCCGAUCAGAAGAAGGUCCGUACCAAACUGAAGAAGUUUCUCCUCAAGCGGCCCACCCUGCAGUCGGUCAAAGACAAAGGAUAUAUCAGAGAAAAUGUAUUCGGAUGUCACUUGCACAAUCUUUGCAGCCAAGAAAAGACGAGAGUGCCCAGCUUUGUGGAGAAAUGCAUCCGGACAGUAGAGAAAAGAGGUCUGGGGAUCGAUGGACUCUACAGAGUUAGUGGGAAUUUGUCGGUCAUCCAGAAACUGCGUUUCAAAGCAGAUCAUGAGGAUCUGGACCUGGAGGAGGGGAACUGGGACAUCCAUGUGAUCACAGGAGCGCUGAAGCUCUUCUUCAGAGAGCUGCAGGAGCCCCUCUUCCCUUACAAUCUCUUCAAUGAUUUCAUCAAUGGCAUCAAAAUCCCUGAUUAUUACAAUAAAAUAGCACACAUGAGAAAUCUGGUACGGUCUUUGCUACCACCCAACCGUGAAACAAUGGAGGCCCUCUUUAGCCAUUUACGCAAGGUUAUUCAACAUGGUGAUGAGAACAGAAUGACUGUGCAGAACGUGGCUAUCGUUUUCGGCCCAACGUUACUCAAACCGGAGGUGGAGACGGCAAACAUCGCCACUUACAUGGUCUUCCAGAACCAGAUUGUAGAAUUCUUACUCAAUGAAUUUCAGUCGAUCUUCCACAUGUGAUUGACAUGAACUUGCACUGAAUACAAACCCCACUCAAAUGCUGGAGAUGAAGGUGCAAAACUGAUCUCGGUCCAGUGAGAGGGACAGUAUACAGAUCUGUGAAGGAAAGCCUCCGACUGGCACAUUUUACAGCAGGUUAUGAAUAGAGAUGCUACAGAAAUCUAGAACAGUAGCAUCUAUGAUUAAUAUAUUAAUAUCACUGAAGCGUUUUACAUGAGCAGUUUAGAUGUUGGCCAAUAAGGGCAAUACACAUUUUAAAACUGUAUAUCUAAAAUGUAGUUUAAAAUAAUGUGUUGUGUUUCCUUUUAGACUUAAAGAAAGCUGCAUCACAGGACGUUAUGUAAGAAUAUCAGUGAGCUUUCUUCUUAAACAUUUUUUUAGCUACUCCUGGUUUUUCCUGCUAUGGAAAGAGCAGGUCAGUUAAAUAAUAAUUUAAUUUAACUUGCCUUCCUGUGGUCUUUCUGUAGAGUCGUGCAAAACACUGCAAGUUUUUACCCGAUUUGUUUGGAUUUGCAAUGUGAUAAUAGGUAAAUAAUAUUAAAUUACAACAUUUUUAUGUUUAGGUGUCAAUUUUUUUUAUUAUUAUUUAAUACUUGCAUCUGUAACAUAGAACUUUACAAAGAAAAUACUACAGGCCUGUUACUGUAAAUUGGAAAUGCUAAGUUGUAAGACUUGUACAUUGUCAUUAAAGGCACAAUAUUUUAGAUUUUUUUGGUACCAAAAUAUAGAAUCUGAAUUUGCACGUAGAUUAAGCAUUAAUAUUUUAUGAAAAUUGGCACACUCAUAUAGUAAUCACUGUAAGAUUUGAAGGUGUGUGUGUGUGUGUGU